AUGCGUUUCACAACUUUCGUCGCCGUUGCCGCUUUCUCGGGCGCUGUCUUUUCUUCAGCUGUCAAGCGCCAGGACGAUGUCACCAGCAUCCUUGCUGCCCUCGCCGCUAACAACCCCGAUGAUGCGGCUGCUGCUAAGCUUCUGAGCAACAUGAAGCGUGCUCCCCAAGACGACGUCACCAGCAUCCUCGCUGCUCUCGCGGCGAACAACCCAGACGACGCUGCUGCCGCUAAGCUAUUGAGCAACAUGAAGCGCCAGGACGAUGUAACAUCCAUCCUCGCCGCCCUUGCAGCAAACAACCCCGACGACGCAGCAGCAGCAAAACUCCUUAGCAACAUGAAGCGCCAGGACGACGUCACCAGCAUUCUCGCCGCCCUCGCCGCCAACAACCCAGACGACGCGGCCGCAGCGAAGCUCCUAAGCAACAUGAAGCGCCAGGAUGACGUUACAUCCAUUCUUGCUGCGCUUGCCGCAAACAACCCCGACGACGCGGCGGCAGCUAAGCUCCUGAGCAACAUGAAGCGUGCUCCUCAGGAUGACCUUAACAGCAUUCUUGCUGCGCUCGCGGCAAACAACCCGGAUGAUGCGGCGGCAGCCAAGACUCUUGGUCAGCGAUGGACUGCAUAG